UUUCAAAACCUUUAUUACGCGUAAAGCAUAGUCCUCUUUCUCAUGCAAUAACAAAUAACAAUUCUCCCAUCCAAACACUUCCCAAACUCGUUUCCUUGAAAAGCAAAACCAAACAACACUUUCUCCCAAGUUUUUCUUUCUCUCCGUUUUUUUUCUCUUCUUCUAGGAUUUUCUUUCCCUUUCCGCACUUAGAAUCCAUAAAACGUUCGUAACCUUUAUUUGUUCACUUUCUUCUCAAUUUCCGAGAGAAAAGAAAAUCGAUUCCACCGUUUGGUUCGUUCGGUGGUGGUGUUUAAGAGAUGAACAACAACGACUGGUUAUCACCGAUGGAUUCGGAUCCGUUUCACAACUUUCUCGGUUCUCAUUUGCUGCGUUCGGUGGUGGAAAAUUCUGGAACCACCGCGCUGGACGAGGCGUUUGGCCGCGUGUCGAGGCUCGCCGGCGCGGCGUUGUUGUGGUUCUCCGGCGGCACUAGUUCGAUUGCGGCGCAGGAUGUGGCGCGUUCGCUUCGCGGUGGUUGUGGUGGUGGUCUUGAUCGGUUUGGUGGAGGCGUUAUUUCCAAUGUGAAGGUUGUAAAGGCUAAUGUGGCUGCGUUUAGGUUUCCGUUUAGAUCGAAGAGGAAAUCUUCUUCUUCUUCUUCUUCUGAGCCUUUGACGUUGAGGAAGCUUACGAGUUUCGCGGCGAGGUUGCUGUGGAGAGAGGCUAAAAGGAUUCAAUCGUUUCCUGUUCUUUCGUUAGCUGCUGCAUUGGUUCCACCCAUUCAAAACUUGUCGUCAAAUGUUCUUGCUGGCCAGUUGCAGAGUCCGGAUGUUCAAAUGCAUGGUAGUAUUGAGCAAGUGCCUAAGGAGGUUGAAUUCCAAGGAUGUCCUCGUUUAUCACUUCCUGAGUUGAGCCUAGCAAAAUCUGCGGUGGAGCCUAAAACUGGCAUUGAGUUUCCUGUGGUUCUGGACAAUUUAUCAGCUGGAGAUCGGAAUUCCGGCUUCAGCUCCGAGGUCCUGGUUGGAACUGGAUCCAAAAACAUGACAUUUGUUAAAAUCAAGUCUCUGAAGGUCUAUGCUUUUGGAUUUUAUGUUCAUCCGUACUCCCUCUGUGAGAAAUUGGGCCCAAAAUAUGCAUCAAUAUCUGCUGAUGAACUUGAUAACCGUCAUGAUUUCUACCAGGAUCUUCUCAGGGAGGACAUCAAUAUGACUGUUAGGCUUGUUGUAAAUUGCAAGGGUAUGAAAAUUAACAGCGUGAAAGAUGCUUUUGAGAAAUCACUUCGAGCUCGAUUAGUUAAGGCAAAUCCAUCCACAGACUUCGAUUGCCUAAGUGCAUUUGGUUCAUACUUUACAGAGAAUUUCCCGAUUCCAUUGGGAACAGUUAUUGAGUUCAAACGAACAGUUGAUGGUCGACUGAUUACUGAAAUUAGUGGCCAUCAAAUUGGAAGCGUCCACAGCAAAGAUUUGUGUCGGGCUUUCUUUGACAUGUAUAUUGGAGAUUUACCUGUGUGUGAACAAACUAAAAAAGAGAUCGGCAUGAAUGUUGCAAAUAUGAUUAAGAGGUGUUGACACGGUUUGUUUUCUAUCCAAUUGUUCUGGUUUUUAGAAUGGACAAUUGGACAUGGCAUGACACAUAGUAUAGCAGAAGCAGUGGUUUCAUGAAAUUUGUUUUGAUCUGCUUUAAAAUUAUUCACCGGCAUUAGUUUUCAAGGUUUGUCCUUUGAAUUAGAAGUCAUUAGGAUAGCCCAAGUUGGACUGUUAUAAAAUUUUAUAUGCAUCACUUUGAUGCCUCUUUCCCAGUUAGGUGUAUAAUCAUAUUUUAGAGGAUGAAAAUGGAAAAAUACAGAUUAGAAUAAAUGUCUGUUUGCUCAAGCAAGUGGGUAACGAUGAACUUUUCUGCUACCUUUAUGUUCAACAUGGUAACAUGCGUUCAACUAACAUUCCUCGUGGAAUACAGAUGAGAUAUGAUUUGGGGACAGCAUUUCUGUAUGCGAAAGAAUGAUUCAGUUAUCGAUUAUAGAAUAUGUAGCUUUAAUUUAUAAUGCUAAAAGGUUGAUUGUGUUAUGUGGCAAGUCUGGCUGGAUAGUUCUUCUCUUGUAAUGUAGCUUUGAUUUAUAUUGGGUUGGUGCAAUGGAUGGGACACUCGGUUCCCACCAAUGCCAUGA